AUUAGCGGAGACUAUUUCAGAAGUCAGAGUUGUCCUUGAGCUCAUCGCCACCGCCACCGUGACUUGGCAGAGAACAACUGGUGAGAGCUGUCAGGUUGCACCACUGGAGACCGCUUCUCCUGGAGGUGGAAGGCUUUGCUAGUGAUGGAGCCUUACACAAUCCAGACAGAUGACAGUGGCAGCCUUCCCCCGGUUCUGGAUGUGCAUGUGAACAUCAGUGGGAGAAGCUCCAUGCCAGGAAAACUGAAAGGCAGGAAGGCCAGAUGGUCGGUGAGGCCCUCUGACAUGUCCAACAGGACCUUCAAUCCCAUCCGGGCCAUUGUGGACAGCAUGAAGGUGAAGCCAAACCCAAACAAAACCAUGAUUUCUCUGUCAAUUGGAGAUCCUACUGUGUUUGGAAACCUCUCCACAGACCCUGAAGUGACCCAAGCAAUGAAAGAUGCCCUGGAUUCAGGGAAAUACAAUGGCUAUGCCCCAUCCUUUGGCUACCUGUCCAGUCGUGAGGUGAUUGCGUCCUACUACCACUGUGCUGAAGCCCCGUUGGACGCUAAGGACAUCAUUCUGACAAGUGGCUGCAGUGAGGCUAUUGAACUUUGUUUAGCUGUGUUGGCCAACCCAGGACAGAACAUCCUUGUUCCAAGACCCGGUUUUUCUCUCUAUAGAACUUUGGCUGAAUCUAUGGGCAUUGAAGUCAAAUUCUAUAAUCUAGUGCCAGAGAAGUCUUGGGAAAUUGACCUGAAACAAAUGGAAUCUCUGAUUGAUGAAAAGACAGCUUGUCUUGUCAUCAACAAUCCAUCAAAUCCCUGUGGGUCUGUGUUCAGUAAGAGCCAUCUUCAGAAGAUCCUGGCAGUGGCUGCAAGGCAGUGUGUUCCCAUCUUAGCUGAUGAGAUCUAUGGAGACAUGGUAUUUUCAGAUUGCAAAUACAAACCACUGGCCACCCUUAGCACCAACGUUCCCAUCCUGUCCUGUGGAGGGCUGGCCAAGCGCUGGCUGGUUCCAGGCUGGAGAUUGGGCUGGAUCCUCAUCCAUGACCGAAGAAAUAUUUUUGGCAAUGAGAUCCGAGAUGGGCUGGUGAAGCUGACUCAACGGAUCUUGGGACCUUGCACCAUUGUCCAGGGAGCUCUGAAAAGCAUCCUGCAUCGCACCCCACAAGAGUUCUACCACAACACUCUAAGCUUCCUCAAGUCCAAUGCUGAUCUCUGCUUUGAGACAUUGUCUGCAGUGCCUGGACUCCAGCCAAUCUGCCCUUCUGGGGCCAUGUACCUCAUGGUGGGAAUUGAGAUGGAACACUUCCCAGAAUUUGAGAAUGACAUAGAUUUCACAGAGCGACUGAUUGCUGAGCAGUCUGUCCACUGCCUCCCGGGAGAGUGCUUCGAGUACCCAAAUUUCUUUCGAGUGGUGAUUACUGUCCCUGAGGUGAUGAUGCUGGAGGCUUGCAGCCGGAUCCAGGAAUUCUGUGAGCAGCACUACCAUUGUGCUGAAGGGAGCCAGGAGGAAUGUGACAAAUAGGCCUCCAUCUGUUCUCCACAGAGGGCUCCGCUGCUCCCAAGGGAGUCAGGUCACCCCCUGCCCCACGGAGGAGGCCUCGGAACUACAACACCGAGAGUUCAGGGUUACCUUCCCUUCCCCGGUACAUCCACAUCCACAUCCACACUCUGAACCCCAGAUCCUUCUCCCACUUUGCCUGCUGGCACGACUCAUUCACUAACUCACCACCCUCCCAGGACUUCCUUCUUUUUUUCUGACAAUACCAGGUGAACAGAGAUGAACAGAAAGCAGCUGAGACAAGAAAAAUAAGAACAGAAGAAACAAAAGAUUGCGAGAACUUGUGUCCCUAACCAUUUCCUCACACACUAAGGACACUCUUUUCAGUCACAUCUGAAGCCCGGCUCUACUGCCUCACUUUAGGUUCAACUUACUUUUUGCAAUAGUUAUAACUGAAAAGUUGAGGACUCAUGUAUUUGGUUCACUAUAUUCUAAACACAAUAGGAAGCUCUCUAUUUAUAGGAGGAUCCUUGACAGUAACUUUCUACGGUGUUUUCUUUUGGUGAUACAAAUAAAUAUCCUUUAAUUGAC